AGUUUCAGAGUUGUGAAAAAUAACUUGCCAAAUUUUAUUAUUUGUAGUCAGUUCUUUGAUAGAUAUACUUAACUUAUAGAGGAUUAAAAUAAACUUAUGGAUGGAUUAAUGUUUGUUAUUCGUUUUAACGUUAUUUCAUUUUAAGAUUAGCUGCAUAACUUUAUAAGAUUAUUUACGGCGGAUUUAACAAUUUGAUCGUUUUUUUCCUUUUUGGAAUUUCUUGUAAUAAAGUUCAUGUUACAAUUUACAAAAAUGAUGGGAUAAAUAGAAGUUUAUUGAUGAGGGCAAUCAUUACAGAUGACGUAACCAUAUAGCGUUCAAACGAUGGUGUUACAUGAUAUUCGUUUCGGAUUGUCUCUGACAAUUUCAGCAGCUUUGUAUAUAGGAACGCUGGUUACAAAUGGGGUUUUCGUAAAUAUCAUCAGAUCACAUGAUGAGUUAAAGCCGUGGUUUUUACCAUAUUUAGGAUUAUUUGUGUUCCCAAUCGUCAUCCUUCACAUCGUAUCAGCAGUGUUAUUUCUCACAGAAAAGGGAGACAAUGCAUCCACAAAGUCAACCAUUGGAAUAGCUGUUAUUCACUUACUUCAACUUGGCUUUCUUUGGCGUCAUAUUGAUGUAUUCCGCGAAGUAGAUCUGAAUUCCCAUGCACAAGGACAGAACUACAUAAGAUAUUUACAACUUGUGUUUACUUUCCUAUUUUUAUUACCACUUUUAUUAAUCCAAUCUUUCAUCGUAGUAUACUUUGACAUCAGUGACUGGAUUUAUGUAGCGACUAUUUUGGUGACAUUCUUUGCCACUUGUUGGUUCCUAGCAACAUUUCGGGUUACAAGAAGACAGGACGAAUAUGAAAUAAGAGAUAUCACCUGUCUAAGUUUUAUUUGUCGUCUGGUUUGGCGUUUCGGAGAAAUCACGUCAAGGAUAUUGUGUUUGACACUGUUUGCUUCGAUAUAUUUCUUCUGGAUAUUCUUAAUUCUAGGACUUCAUGGAUUGAUAAUGUUCAUUUGUUUGUGUACAAACUUUGGAUUAUUCGAUAACGAAGGCUCACCAAAAACAACGGAAGUUCUCAAAAAAAUUAUGAUUUCGUUCAUGUAUAUUUUUUGUUUCAUCAAUUUCGGCACAGAAAACACAACAUUUAGAUAUGCGUUCUUUUACCUCGUCAUGUUUCUCGAAAAUAUCGUGAUAUCAAUUGUUUGGUACCUUCAUUCGGAUACUUUUAUAUCCAUCUUCGACAAAAACGUAUUUUUGUUAAUUGCUGCAGUUUCCUUUAUUGUAGGAAUGGUAUGUUUAGUUCUGUAUAAAAAUUGCUUCCACUCAGUGCCAUUAUUUGAUUCCGAGAAGGAACAUUUUUAUGAAAAUGAAGGUUGUAUCAACUGUAGACUCAGUCUUUGUUCCAAGCACAGUAUUAAAAUGCAAAGACCAUUCAGUGCGGGAUACUUUUCUCAAUAUCAGAAAGCUGUUUCUAAUGGCCAGUACUUUAAAAAUCUAUUAGAAGAUAAAUACAUUGAUUCAGAUACGGAAUCAGCGCAUGAAAUGCUUAACUCAUCCGGAGAGCAUUGGCAAAUUCGUGACACCGACCUUGAAAGCAUCCAAGUUCCCGAGAAAAAGAUGUACACCGCGGUCCAAGCGUCUGGAACUUACACACACAAACGUUUCUUUGAUUCUGAUUCAAGUAUUGCUAGAAUGACUGACACGGAUUCCAUAUCAAGCGGAAGUGGUGUAUAUGAGAAAGAUUGGCGCCAAACCUCAGAAACAAUACUGUCUCAGUUAUCGACAAUGGAUGCGUUGAGUUUAGUCAGUAGUCGAACACAGCUUCUGACAGACAGUUGGGAUAAUCUUUUACAGGAAAAUUCUAAUUCUGUAGACAAUAAUAAGAAUCAUGUGAAAAUAGAUCUAUUGAAUUCUUUAAUUAGAAAGGAUCAUGACACAAGUUUCUUCUCUGAUGGUUACACGACAGAUCAUACAUUGGAUAGUUAUCAACUUCCGGUUACAGUUCUUGCUAAAAAGCGUCUGCUUGAUAAGAAAAAGGUUGAACCGGCAUAUUCAACAGCGUCAGACUCCACAGACUGUACAAUAUGUGCUUUUAUGAGGCAAAACCAAUCCAGCCCUGAAGAAUCGAGAAGAAAUUUUAAAAUUAGUGACAGAAUUCCUGAGGAUACUGAAUAUAAAUUCUCUAGAAAAAAGAGACGUGAAUACAAGUCAUCGAAAAGUGCUAGUAAACAUAAAAAUUAUGUGCCUAAAGUAAAGAACUAUCAUAAUCCAGAAGAAAUAAAUACACACAAAUAUGAAAAAGCAUAUGCUCGCCAGAGACGACGAGAUUUAAUCAGAAUAGCAGAUUCUACCUCACAUUCAAAUCAUCGCCAAAGCAAUAUGCCAGUCGCAAAACAUAAAUUAAUUUCAUCAAAAACUGAUUAUUCGUCAUCAGUGGCUGAUACUUCUGUUGAUGAAAACAAACCGUGCUCAAUAAGAAAUUCUGAUAUUUCUGGAUUUGUUCAUUCAAAGGGCAACAACUCUGUUACAUUUAGUGAUUCUGAUGACUCAGCGUUUCCUAGAAACACCCCUGUCAGUGACUGGAGCGGUUCAACACGUAGAUGCACUGGGGAUAAAAUGCUUUAUGCCUUACCACUUAAGCAAGGAAAAAGAGAUAAAUUGGAACAAUACAAAAUUACUCGGAAUCCACCGACAAACAACCCGGUUGUUUCCGAAAAUGUCCGAGUAACACCGAUACAUGUACCGAAUGUUGCCGAUAUAUCUCAAAAACUCCCUCUACGUGCCUAUCUCGAAGCAACAGAUAACGACAAAGAUGGCUCAAGUGAAUCAUCUUGUGAAAUGAUUAUUUAGAUUAGUAGAACCAAUGUUAUAUUAUAUGUUCACCAUUUUUCACUGGAUCCUUUUUAUUUCGGAAGAAUUUAAUUAAGAAACAUUUUUAAACUAACCAUUCUAUUUACGGAGAAAUGUUUGAAACUAUAGUAAAAGAGGCUUUUCCAAUUCGUUUUAUUGAAAUUUUAUUCAAACAGAAGUUUUUCUCUUUGUAAAACGGAUAAAGUAUAUUAAGUGUAACGUAACGCAAUUUUUAAAAACAAUAUACUUAUAUUUUUGUUCAUUUCAUUUCGUCCAUUACAAAAAAAGCGAUUGAAGCUACAUCAUAUUACACAUUUAUUUGUUACAAUAUUUUAAUUUCUUUUAUGCCUGGUUAAGUAUAAAUAUAUUAUAUUAUGUUAAAUAUGUUAUAAGAUUUUCUAUGUAUUAUAUUUAAUCUGUUAACGUUGUACCAACAUUGUAUAUUUCUGAAAACUAAUCCGACAGUAAGAGGAUCAAUUUUAUGUAUUAACAUUUUUGACAAACGACCAGUAAGUUUAUUUUCGUUAAUAAAUGUAUUCUAACAUUUUUAUUAGGUGUAGAACCAGCUGUAGUUCGGCACUUUCUGACAAGACUCCAUAUUGCCGGCUGCAUUGUUCCAGUAUUCGAAAAUACGGAAACUAAUAAGGAACAUAAAUUAACUCAACGACAAAUUAAUUGCUUCGAUAAUUUUAAAAGAUGUACAAGAAAUGCACGUUUAAAUUAUACGCUUUAUCAUUUCAUUUUUGUUUCAGACAAUAAAGUAUGGCCUACCUCAUAAUGCAAUGUUCAAUCAAAAUAUGCUAACAUUAACUUUAAUAUUUUGAAAUUUACGGGUAAAGUUUCAAUGUCACUGUUUUGUAAAACUGAAAUAUGAUAAAAUAUACAAUGAACUAUAAUGU